GUCCUCUCAAAACCUGGUCUACCUUGUCCAGCAUGGCUGGCCGCACAGAGCUAUUGUUUCUCUACCAGACAAGAACUAUCCUCCGUCGGGCCGUCAGAUCUACGAGACCAUCGCGCCGCUGUGUAGCAACUCAGUCUGCCAGGGUAUCCGUAAAGGACAAAGAUGGAACCGAGAUCCCAUCAGCCUCUCCUUGGGAACCAUUGGUUCAGCAUAAAGCUCGUCGGGCAUCCGAAUCAGCAAGUUCAAAACCUUCGCCAGAACCACGGACCACUACGCUGAAAUCCACCAUCACCCCAAGUGAACGCCGGGCCUUUGAGACAAUUCAGCGUUUCACUCCCUCCAAGUCUCAGUCCGAACCAUUAGGCGUCAAAUCCCAAUCACCCUUCGUCGACGCCCUGGACACUGACAUCGAAAACAUCCUCAACAUAUUUUCCUCUUCGGUUCAAAGCUACCAAGCCGAGCGUGAUGCUAAAGCCGCGGCCCUUCGCGAGCGGCAACGGAAAGCGGACCCAGUGAAGGUCGACAUCGUCGAACGACCGGCUUGGGCAACGCCCAAUCUCGACACCACCCAACAAGCAUCACCAGAACCUCUCGUCCAUCCCGACGCCGACCGAUGGGAAGACCUUUCUUUUCCAGGCAGCACAUCUACACAACCAAUUCCACAAGACCAUCACCUGCCAAAGGACGAGCUAUAUCACCUCCCCCUGCCGGGGAACUCCUUCAAACAAAUCGCCACCCCGCGGGACUUUGAACGCUUCAACGAGCCCAUCAAAGUCGCCGUGCGCAAAUGCAUGACCGACAUCGCCUGCGCGCUCCAGGACGCUGCAGCUUCCACAACUAAGCGAGGCGACAUCGCCAUGUGGUCUGUCUGCGAAGAGCGGAUCUUCUCUCUAGCCGUAUACCUCCGCCCAACACCAACCUGGAAACCCAGAUUACUGGGACCCCGACUCCUGGGACCGGAGAGCGUCCACUUCUCCCCUGCCCGCUCCGACAAUCCCCUUAGACUCCUCGAAGCUGCUCAGGAAGCCGCCGUCUCCGAUCGCGAAGCCCUCCAGCAACGCAGCCAUGACCAAUCCUUGUCCGACGAGGAAUCCAAGGACCUCAUUUACCUGACCAUCCUGCACCACGUUUACCCUGCCGCCCUCCUGCUCGCCUUGCGCCUGUAUAUCAACCACUAUCCUUCGUCGCCACUGCCACACAACCUCCUUCCCCGCAUCCGCUCAUUCGGACAUACAUCCUACGUCCUGGGCGCGAGCACGCAGUUCUACAAUUCGCUCAUGUCCCUCGUCUGGUUGACUCGCUCGUCUCUGCGCGAGAUUGACGCCCUUCUUCUAGAGAUGGAGCGUGGCGGCGUCGAGCUCAACGAGGAAACCUACCGCAUCCUCCGGCAGAUUGAGGACGAGCGUGCCACUGACCUGCAGCAACAUGAGAACCAUUCUGGUGUGCAGCCGGGCAGUCGAGGCGGGUCGUGGUGGCUCCGGCAUGAGCAGACGUUCUGGUUCCCCCGUAUGCUUCAUUGGCUGGGCGUCGUGUCGAAACGCUUGAAUAUGACUGCGAUAGAGGCCGGGCAUGCUUGAAAAUGCAAAAAGCCUCCUUCUCAUUGUACAACACUCGUGAGAUAUUAGACCUUUAAUUAAUUUCCAGGGCUGCAGAGGCCAGCCAUUUGCGUCUGACGCUGCUUCUCCUUUCCGCCUCGGCAUUGACCAUACCUUACCUUGCAUACCUAGGUAUCUCUUCCCCUUGACGAUUGCCAUACUACUCAAAGAUCUUGUUUCCGCAUUCCCCGCAAUUUACCUCCUCACGAAAGUGCUUGCUUCGACUUCUAGCGUUCGGAGCUGAGGAGAGCAAUGGCGGGUGUUUUUUGGGAUCGCUGACUUUGUCAGGCGGUCGCUGUUAAGCGGACUGAUGCAAUGCACGGCGGUGCAUUACAUGCAAAGGCAA